AUGAGGACGGAUCUGCCCCAAACUAUGCAACGCGCAACGGCUGUACCUGUUGUAUUUCCGAAUCUCACAGGCAGAGCAGUGCCGCCGCCCAGAGGAAGUAGGACUUCGCAGAAAUGUCUCGUCACUUACAGUAUUCCUUUGAGCACGCUCGGAGAGCGAUGCGAUGCCCUUGGUGUCUCUGUGGGAUAUCUUUCCCAGUCAAUUUGGGCGAGGUUACUUUCACAAUAUACUGGUGAGCCAGAGGUUUCCUUUGGGGCUUUUCUUAGUGAAUCGCCAAUCCCAGAAGAGGAGCGGGGAUCAUGCCUAUGUAAACUAUGGCGGAAAUCUGCAUAUUCAGUAGAAGUUGCAUUUUCUCCGGGCAAGACAGACGACGACGUACGACGAGAACUCGAAAAUGGACCCCGAGGCAACCGGAAGGAUGUCUACGAAUCUGUUAUUUCGGUUUAUUCAGCGGAAUCUGAAAAUCCGUAUCUAGCGAGGGCGGCCGCGGAUUCAGAGUUCAUUGUCCACUUAGAAAUCAUGCUCAAUAAGAGAACAGACCAAGUGAGGCUUGCUGUGCAUUAUGAUCCAGCUUUUGUCACUGGGGACUCUGCUCUCAUCAUCGCCCGAGAAUUCUUGGGUAUCUUGACCUUCGAGUCAUUAGGAUCGGGCAGGACGACAAGGUAUUCUAAUCUUCAGCCAGAGAUUUUGUCUAUGUGCCAGCCCUCUGGGAAUGCGCCAGUAGAUAUCUCUGAUCGCAACCUCUUCGUCCACCAUCUUUUCGAGAAGCAUGCGGCAGAAACUCCGGAAAACAGCUGUUUGGAAUUCCUACACGACGAGACGGACCAGGUCGAAUCGUGGACGUUCAAGAAAUUAAACGAGACAUCGAACCGCAUUGCUCACCUCAUCCUACAAAAUGGGGUCGCUCGCGAUGAGGCGGUACCCGUCUGUUUGGACAAAGGCCCACUAUAUUACGCCUGUAUUCUCGCAUGCAUGAAAGCUGGUGUCCCCUUUACCCCAAUCGAUCCCGUUGCGCCAGUAGCAAGGAAGACUUUUAUGAUCGAGGAACUCCAAGCAAGAUAUGUUCUCUCGAUCCCGGAUCGUUUCGACGAACUUGGGCUUGAUGAAAACGUCAAAAUUCUUGACCUUUCCAACGAAGAAUCCCUUGGAAAGCUCUCACCACAAAACCCACAAGUACCAGACUUGACAGAACGAUCCCUUGCAUAUAGACUCUACACCUCUGGCUCCACAGGUCAACCCAAAGCUGUCUCUCUUGAGGUCGGUGCCGUUGUUCACGCCAUCCAAAAGUCCAUUGCUCUUCUCCCUUUGCGGCGCGAUUCUCGUUUGUUACAAUUCGCAGCAAUUACUUUCGACAUGUGCUAUUUCGAUUGUUUCUUAGCGUGGACUGUCGGCUUCACUAUGGUAUCUGCUAGCAAGCGAUAUCUCCUCGGAGAGCUGGAGGCCACUGUAAAAAGGCUGCAGAUCAGCUUUUUGGAUCUAACGCCAUCAGUUGCUGCGACGCUUACCGCGAGUGAGCUCCCCGAGGUUGAAAUGUUAUAUUGCAUUGGUGAAGCGAUGCCAACGAAGAUUGUCGAGGAUUGGGCGGGGAGAUGUGUUAACUCAUAUGGUCCUACGGAGGCUGCAAUGCUUUGCACGAUCGUCAAUGUGGACAAGGAUAUCAGAGCUGCCAACUUUGGACAGCCAUUCAACGGAAUGUCCCUAUAUAUCUUGGACAAGGAUAUGCCUGUGAUUCUUCCUCGUAUGGCAGCAGGAGAGCUGUGUAUCUGCGGCCCACAACUGGCCCGUGAAUAUCACCGAAAUGAGGCUAAGACAGCCAGCAGCUUUAUCACUCUAGAUUCCGGGCUCCGUCUCUACAGAACUGGAGAUCUCGCCAGAAUGCUGGCAGAUGGAACCUUUGAGUUUAUCGGCCGCAAGGAUGAUCAAGUCAAGCUUCGUGGUUUCAGAAUCGAGCUCGGGGAAGUUAGUGCCGUCUUGCGUGAUGUUCAUCCGCUUAUUAAAGACGUCGUUGCCCUAGUUCUCAAGCACUCCGAUGAACAGAAGGAGCAAUUGGUGACUUUCUUGUCAUUUGCGAGCCGCAAGAACCGUCUCGACCCUCCAAGCAUUCAGGAUUGUGAUCCUGCGGAUUGGGAAGAUAUCGAAAGAGCUGCUAGAAAGGUUGCGGAAGCCGCCUUGCCGCAGUAUAUGCUUCCGCAUAUCUAUUUCCCUAUCAACUGGAUUCCAUUGUCUGCAGCUGCCAAGGUUGACAAGAGAUCUCUGGGAGAGCUUUUCAGACGUACGGAUAUCUCUACUCUUGGAAGAAGGGCGGAGGCUGGCGCAUCUGACGAGGUGUUCGAUGAACUCUCAACAAAAAUCCGACACGUCUUCGCAGAAGCUUCAAGUUCAGAGCUAGAAACCAUCGGUAUGGAUACCACUAUCUACCAGCUAGGACUUGAUAGCAUUAGUGCUUUGAACGUUGCAAGAUCUCUUAAAGCCAUUGGAGUCAAUGCCAGUGUUCUCGAUAUCAUCGAGUGUCCAACAAUUCGAGGUUUAAGGGACCAUGUCUCAGGCAAGAAGAAUCCAAUAUCCGCGUCCUAUCACCAAGAUAUUUUCGCAUCAUUCAAACAGCAGCACAUCGAUGCCGUCUGUAGUUCUACUAGUGUCCCUCGGGAAAAAGUAGCGAACGUCCUUCCUUGCUCUCCAAUGCAAGAGGGUAUUUUGACCCAGUUCCUUCAGUCUAAAGGUUCACUCUACUAUAACGCUAUUCUUUUCCGUCUUGAGAAUGGUGUAAACAUUGAGUGCCUUGAGGAUAGCUGGAUUCAAGUUGCGGAGCAAAAUGACGUUCUUCGAACUGGCUUUGUUGAACACGAGGUUGACGGCGGUCAUUACGCUAUGAUCACUUAUAAAUCUGCUUCCACUUCUUUGGUUAGAAAGGUUCAAACCCAGAUUCCCGUCGAGGAGUUCGUCAAACAGGUUCAAAAGGAAGAAGCCCAGAAAGCCCUCUCGAAUAUUGCGCUCCCUCCUUGGAGUGUUACGCUUGUCCCGGGCGAGAAUGCUUCGCACAUGAUAUUCACCGCUCUCCACGCCAUUUAUGAUGCCCAAACUCUCCAGAUCCUCCUAAACGAUGUAAACCUGUUCUACCACAAAACACAGCCUGUACUCCAUUCGAGCCCUUCUUCUAUCUUGAAAGAGAUGCUAAAGAUCUCCAGGGAUAAGGAAGCAGUGGCGAGCGCCGCAAAGUACUGGAAGUCUGUUCUCCAAGACUGCCCAAUUACGAAGUUUCCAGUUAUGACCCCCUUGCGCGAGGACACCGGUGAAUUCGUCUAUUCGUAUAAGAAAUGCGACACCACUAUGAAGCAAGUUGAGGAUAUGUGUAAGAAGGUCGGGUUUAGUUUUGGCGCUGUCGGUCAGGCAGUAUGGGCAAAACUUCUAGCAAUGUAUUUUGGUGAACGAGAUAUCUGCUUUGGAACAGUCGUUUCUGGGAGGACAGGCUCAGAUAAUGCAGAGGACGUUGUCUUCCCUUGUCUUACAACCAUUCCCAUGCGAGUCCAACUUGACGGAGACAAUAAGGCGCUAGUAGCACAGAUUCAAGGAAGGCUGAGUAAAACGCUCAAGUUCCAGCACACCCCACUACGAGCUAUUCAGAAGGCUCUAGGUCACCCAGAGCAGGGCCUCUUCGAUACCAUUUUCGUCUACCAAAAGUCUAGUAACUCCAAUGAGAGGCUCAGGCCAGUCUGGAGGGAGCUUGAUGCAAAGGCUACAGUCGAGUAUCCUGUGUCAUUCGAAAUUGAGCCUACGGACGACGGGCAUCUUGGACUUCGACUAACAGGUAGAACUGAUAUCCUUCCUCAAGAGCAGAUGGAAAUCAUGGUUGCGCAGUACGAAUACUGUCUUUUACAUAUGCUGCAAAACCAAGCAGUCGAUGCCAUGGAUUUGGGUGAUGUCCCUCAACCCAUCCUCUCCGACACACCCGCUGAAUUUGACAAGUUGACCUGCGACGUCAAGUUCCUUCACGAAUUCGUUUCUGCCUCCACAAAACGCCAUCCCAGCAAAUUGGCUCUGGAAUUUGCUACUGAAAUCCAGGGCAACAAUGUUACCAAAGAUUCUUGGACAUAUCGUCAAUUUGACGACAUGGGUAACAAGAUUGCAAACUUCCUACUUCAACACGGUGCCGCCACGGGUGAUCUGAUCGGUAUUUGCUUCGAUAAAACCCCUCAAGCCUAUUUCGGUAUUCUUGGAAUAUUGAAAGCUGGAUGUGCAUUCGUUGCUCUAGACUUUUCCGCCCCAGUUCAGAGAAGGUCCUUCAUUGUCCAGGAUGCAAAAAUCAGGAUCGUCCUCACCAUGGCACAGUUCGCUAAAGACUUUGAUGGUAUUAGCGGUCUAAAUGUCUACUCUCUCGACAGCCUGCAAACUUUGACAAGAUAUUUCAGCACUGAAGAGCCCGAAAUCAUUGAUCUAACACCGGAUCAUCUCAGUUACGUUCUCUACACAUCUGGGACGACAGGAACACCGAAGGGCUGCCGUAUUACUCAUGACAAUGCUGUUCAAGCAAUGUUAUCUUUCCAGACUCUGUUCAAAGGUCAUUGGGAUGAGAACUCUCGUUUCCUACAAUUCGCGUCCCUUCAUUUCGACGUCAGCGUCCUAGAGCAAUAUUGGAGCUGGAGCGUUGGUGUCUGCUUAACUGGUGCUCCAAGGGAUCUCAUCUUCCAGGAUCUCGGAAAUGCCAUUCGUGCGCUACAGAUUACUCACAUCGACCUCACACCAAGCCUUGCCCGUCUUAUUACCCCGGAGGAUUGCCCAACUCUCUGCCGAGGUGUGUUCAUCACUGGCGGUGAGAAAUUGAAACAAGAUGUUCUAGAUGCCUGGGGUGAGGAAAAUGUGAUUUACAAUGGAUACGGACCCACUGAAGCAACAAUUGGUGUCACCAUGUAUCCCAGAGUCCCGAGGAAUGGAAGGCCCAGUAACAUUGGCCCGCAAUUUGUCAACGUCGGUUCCAUGGUUUUGAAGCCGAAGACAAUGAUUCCUGUUCUCCAAGGUGCUGUCGGCGAACUUUGUGUCACUGGCGCCCUAGUCGGAGAUGGAUACCUCAAUCGACAAGACCUCACUGAGGAAAAAUUCCCAUGGGUUAAUGGCAAGCGCAUGUAUAGGACUGGCGACCUGGUCCGACAGCUUCACAAUGGUUGUUUCGAUUACCUUGGACGAGCAGACGACCAGGUCAAACUGAGAGGUCAGAGACUAGAGCUUGGAGAAAUCAAUGAGACUAUCCGAAGCGCAGACAAAGACGUCGCAGAAAUUGUAACCCUCGUGUGUCAGCACGGCCAGCAGCAAGUCCAGCAGCUGGUCUCAUUCGUCUCCUUCAAGUCCAAUACCGACGGCCGAGGGUCGCCUGCACCGACACAGCUACUUCACUCCUUCCCCGAUGCUGAGACUGGAUCUAGGAUCCUUCAGGCCUGCCAGUCCCGCCUUCCAGUCUACAUGGUCCCAACUUACAUCCUUCCUAUCACCAAGCUACCUCUCACUGUUAACAACAAGGUCGACGAGCGUACCCUCAGAAAUCUCUUUGCAAAUACUUCUAUGGAAGUCAUUCAAAGCUUCGAAGAAAUGAGUUCUGGAGAUGAGGAGCUCUCAGAAACCGAGAAAGUUAUCCGCGAUACUUUGGGAGAAGUUUCUAUUGACACUAAUUCCGUAUCCAAGAAUGUAUCGUUCUUCCAACUCGGCCUAGACUCUGUCUCAAUUGUCGGGUUCUCUAAUAGACUGCGGAGAAAGGGAUUCCAAAACAUUGAAGUUUCACUUGUGAUGCAAAAUUCUACCAUUGCUUCCUUAGCAAAGGCUUUGUCGUCUGCUAAUGGCCUUGCCGCUGGCGAAAAUAUUCAAAACGCACUUCAAUCUAUAAAGGCAUUCAACAUCGAACAUGGCUUCGAAGUUUGCUCUUCGCUCGGACUAAAUGAAGAGGACAUCGAAAGCAUUAAGCCUUGUACUCCAUUGCAAGAGGGUAUGAUUGCUCGGGCACUGAAUUCAGACGUGCCGCUUUACUACAACACGUUCUGCUUUGAGGUCUCCCGAAAUACCACACCUGAAGCUCUAAAGAAGGCAUGGCAGGAAAUCGUUGAUCGAACUGAUAUCUUGCGAACCUGCUUCUGCGAAACCUCGGAUGGUAUCGCGCAGGUCGUUUUAAAGAAAUCUGAAGUACAAUGGAAGAGCGUUCAUGGUUCCCAGCACGAACCUCUUGGAAAUAGUCGCACUAAGCCACUCGAGAUGAUGGACUUCGCUAUUCCUCCAGUCAGCUUAGAGUAUAUCUCCGGCCAAACCAACUUCCUACGUCUUUCGCUCUUCCAUGCUCUGUACGAUGGUACGAGUAUGCCAAUGAUCCUUUCUGAUAUUGAAACUCUCUUGUCCGGCCACCAACCUGCUAAGCGUAUGCAAUUCACGGACGCGGUUCCGAGGAUCCUCUCUCUUGACACGGCAGCUGCAAAGAAAUUCUGGGUAGACCAUUUUGAAGAAGCUAAGACCAGUCUUUUGGAACCAAAGAGUCAAGUAAAGGAACUCAAAGAGCAAAUUAUAAGCCAUACUCUUGAGGCUUCGAAGUCAGAUGUUGAAAGAGUCGCCCGAGAUCUUGGCUGCACUACUCAAGCUCUCUUCCAAGUCGCAUGUCUACAAGCAUUAGUCAGGGUUCAGGAGAAGCAGGUGGUUAUGGGAAUUAUUACUUCUGGCCGUUCAUUUACGGUUGAUGGAAUCGAUACUUGUAUUGGUCCCUUAUUUAACAGCAUCCCUUGCCAUCUGCCUAUCAGUAAAGGAGCUACGUGGAAAGAAUAUGCCCAAAAGGCUCACACUUUCAAUAUCAGUAGCAUUCCAUUCCAUCACACUCCUCUUCGCCAAAUCAGCAAAUGGGUCGGGCAAGGAAGCAAGCCUCUCUUCGACGUUUUGUUCGUUUUCCAACCGGCUACGCCGUUAGCUGAGGACAGGGCCUUACGGGAGAUUGACUCUGCUGCGAUACUCGACUACCCAGUUGCCCUUGAGAUUCAACAAGGCACCGACGGGCGGUAUACUAUUUCUGUGAGCUCGAGCUCUGCCUACCUCGAUGAAUCCGAAAAUUCGCUACUCCUCAAGUCUAUUGUAAGGGGCAUCACAGACCUACUCAAGAACCCAGAACAAGAGGUCGCCGUUCUUCGAGAAAUCGAGGGUGAUGUGUUCCAUUCGAAGUCCGAGGAGAACCAAGUCAAGCGUCCAGCCACCCCUCAGCCCGCAAAUUUCGUAUGGACUGAAGCUGCUGUCUCCAUUCGCCGAGAGCUCGCUAUUCUUACUGGUGUCGAAGAAAGUGCCAUUACUGAGAAGUCAUCAAUCUAUCAAGUCGGGCUCGACAGCGUUGAAGCUAUCCGGCUUUCCUCCAGACUUCUCAAGAAAAACAUUCACCUCAAAGUUAGUGACAUAAUGCGCGAGGCUACUAUUGAACGGAUGGUCGUGUACCUCAGUUCCACCAAAUCCCAGACUAGCUCCUCGGAUGUUAAAAAGAAUACGCUCCAGAAAUUCGAAACCUCUGCACAGAAAGCAUUGAAACUCUCAAAUGACAGUUUGAAGAAGGUUGAAUCGAUUCUGCCAACCACACCUCUGCAAGACAUUAUGAUCGCCGAGUCAAUUGGCUCGGAUUUCGCUCUGUACUUCAACCAUGACGUUUUAGAACUUCAGAGGGGAAUCAAUAUCAAAAAGCUUCAAGCGGCCUGGAAAGCAGUAAUUAAGAAGAACUCUAUUCUUCGCACUACUUUCGAGGAAGCCCAUGACCUUGAGCUUGGAACUUCAACGGACUACAUUCAGAUCGUUUGGAAGGAUCUGUCGCUAGAAUGGGAUGUUGUGGAAACCACUAGCGAGCAUGAAUCCGGUCGCGUGGAUGAACUCAUGGCUAGUCAUAAGUCGAGGAAGGCGCCACUUGCCCUCGGCAUCGUGCGAAGUGAUAAAAGAGUCUUGAUGGUCUUGUCGAUCUCACAUGCCCUCUACGACGGACGUUCUAUUGGUUUACUCCUCGACGAUGUCGCCCGAGAAUACGACAAACAAAGCACUGUUCGCCCAGACUACAAACCAUUCCUCGAGAAGGUCCUAAACCAAGAUUCGAAAAGUAGCCUUGGGUUUUGGAAACAUCUCUUGUCUAAUGCGAAGCCUCGGACCUUUCCGGUGGUUGGCAACGAUGGGCAGGUCUGGAAAGCGGAACAAAGCUCCAAAGUAUCUGUGGCCAAGUUUGCGCAAUUUUGUCGAGAGCAGAAAAUUUCAGAGCCGGUAUUAGGCCAAGCCUGUCUCAGCCUUUUGCUUUCUGAUAUCUUCUCGCAGGACGAUGUUGUUUUUGGAACCGUUAUUUCUGGAAGGGAGACCGAAGAAUCGGAGCAGUACAUGUUCCCUACCAUGAACACAAUCCCAGUCCGUGCUGUCCUCCAUGGCAAUGUCUCCGAUGUUUUGAACUCAAUGCAGAAGAGCUACUCUCGGAGCCUAGAGCACCAAUUCGUUCCUCUUCGAGAUAUCCAAAAGAAUGUCUGCGAACCUGGGCAGAGGAUGUUCGAUGCACUCUUCGUGUACCAAAAGAACAAGGGAUCGGAAGAAGGUGUCAAACUUUGGAGGUCUAUCGGAGGCGCUUCUCAGAUUGAGUAUGCGAUUGCGGUUGAAAUUGAAGUGAAUGGUGAUGAUCUUACAUGGAGAAUAUCUGCAUCGGAAACCGCCAUGGCCUCACAUGAAGCAGAAGAUACCCUUGACACCCUCGAUGCAAUGCUCCAGAAAAUCAUUGGGAACCCUCUCUGGGGUUAUCAAAGAUUCACUCGGUCCCAGCUUGGCAAUAAUCUACGUGCGAAACUGCAGAGUGAGAUGACUCGGAGCGUUGAUGUGGAAGAAUCCCCAUCAGAGUCCGAUAAUUAUCAAAAUCUCGAGCGUCAGGUCAUCAAAGCUAUCAGCGCUAUAGCUAAAGCUGCCGAACAAGACAUUAAACCCUCAACCUCUAUUUUCCACCUUGGCAUUGAUUCAAUCUCCGCUAUCCGGCUCGCCUCAGAGCUUCGAAAGCACUCGAUCUUCAUUGCCGUCAGCGAAAUCCUGAGGGAAUCAACUGUUAGGAAAAUCUGCUUGUUCUUGGACAAGAAACAGCACACCCCAAACUCCUCUCAGAAGCCUACUAAGCAACCUGAGAUCUCACCAGUGCAGUUCAAAAAAGUGGUUGCAGCUGCGGGCCUCAAGAAUGCUGAUGUCGAGUACGUAUCUCCUGCUACAUCCGGUCAAAUUUUCUUGAUCAAGGCCUGGGAGUCGUCAGAGGGAAGGAUCUUUCUGCCAACGUUCUCUUUCAAGUCCGCAGAAGUUCUGAGGUCGCCGAGGUUGAAGCGCGCACUCGACCGACUUGUGAGCGCCAACCCGAUCCUACGAACUUCGUUCGCUGCAGAUGGGGACGAUAUCUUUCAAAUCGUUCACAGACAAGCCUCUCCCAGCUUCCGUUCUACAUACUUUGAUUCGGACUCGGUACUUGAAUCGAGCCUGCAGCAAAUAAAUCAAGAAGAACAGGUGAGAGAGUACGAUAUGAGCACUCCUUCUAUCAGAGUGCACUUGGUCAGUUCUAGAAAUGAAUCCUAUGUUUUUGUCACUCUCCACCAUGCCCUUUACGAUGCCUUCACUCUACCCACCCUCCUAUCCCAACUCUCUGAUCUUUACAAAAACGAAGAGAUGGUGCUCCCCAAAUCCAGCAAGUCAGUCCUCGCUCCGUCUUCUUCGAGCCCCGAGGCUAAAGACUUCUGGAUUAGAUACUUUACAAACUCGGAAUCGACGCCACUACCAUCAAAGCAAGAUGUGGGUGUUACAGAAAGGGUUGAAUUGUAUACCGAGAGACAGGUUCCUAGUGGAUCUCAGAUCGAUGCCGCCUGCCGAAAGCACGGUAUCUCCCUUCACUCCUUGAGCAUAGCCUGUUUCGCGCAAAUCAUUUCCAAGGUUGUCCAGAAGGAUAGCCCUAUCUUCGGCAUAUAUCUCUCCAAUCGUCAUUUAAGCGAUGCUUCUGAAGGAGUACAGACAAUGCCAACCUUGAAUAUGGUCCCUCUCAUGGUGAAGGGUGCAUCCAAAUCCCCUCUAAUUGACCUUGCGAAGCAAGUUCAGGAAGAUUUGCUCAAAAUCAGUACAAGCGAUGCAGCAACUACGAACUUGAUGGAGAUUUACCAAUGGACUGGGAUUCGCAUUGACAGCUUUGUCAACUUUUUGAAGGAAGAUAAGUUGGAUGGCAACAGCCGAGAUGGGGGCUUAUUUGAGCGAUUUGAACUUUCGGCUGGAACUCCGGCUGCAAGGGACUUUUCGAUACCGGGGGCGCUCCGCUCGAAGGAUACUGUUAUCCAGACAAAUCUUGACCUCGAAAUGGCUUUGCGAAAUGGGUUUGUAGAUGUUGGAUUAUUUGCUGCCAAGAAGUACCUCGAUAACAUCGACCUUCGGAAGAUUUCCGAGGAGAUUAAGGAAGGGUUGAUGCAUUUUGAAUAG